AUGAGACCAGUGUUCUUCUUUGACUGUGAUAACUGUCUUUAUAGUAAAGACUUGAAAGUAAAUGUCUUGAUGAAAGAAAAAAUUAGAGAAUAUUUCGUAAAGGAAGUGGGCGUUCCUGAAGAAGAAGUUGCAGCUAUCCAGGCACACUAUCACGAAACAUAUGGUCUUUCACUAAGGGGAUUAACAAAGCAUCAUAGUGUAGAUCCAUUGGAUUUUGACUUGAAAGUAGAUCAAGCACUACCAUUGGACGAUUUGAUCAAAAGAGAUCAGGGUUUAAUAGACAUGUUAAAAGGACUUUACUGUAAAAAAUGGGUAUUCACAAAUGCAUAUAAGCCUCAUGCACUUCGAUGUCUUAGAUUAUUAGGCAUUGAAAAUGAAUUUGAUGGCUUGACAUAUACCAACUAUACUAUACCCGAUUUCAACUGUAAGCCAGAGCCUGAAUCCUUCUUGAGAGCUAUGAAAGAUGCUGGAAUAAAUGAUCCAAGAUUAUGUUAUCUAGUAGACGAUUCUGCUGCUAAUAUUGACGCAGCACAGAAACUUGGAUGGACAACGGUUCAUGUUGCAGACGACGCAUCAAAAUCAAAUCAUGGCGAUUAUCAAAUUGAGGAUAUUCAUGAACUACCUCAAGUGUUACCAGAGUUAUGGGAACCUAGACACCAUGAGAUGAAAUUAAAGAAGCAGCCAGUAGGUGUCACUACCAGUGCUGUUUAA